AUGGAACAAAAUACCAUUUUGUCAAGUCAGCAGAUCCCCUUAGCUGACUCAAAGAAGCCCUUGUUCAGUGAGCUCUGUCGCUUCCUGGAGAUUGUCGCGAAAGAAAAGGGCGACGCGAAAAAAAGAAAACUAGAUAGUUACCUCAAAAACUGGAGACGAAGAUACGGAAAUGACCUCUAUCCAAUCUUGCGAUUAUUGGUUCCGCACCUGGACAAAGAAAGGACGAGCUAUGGUAUGAAGGAAAAUGUCAUCGCAAAAAUAUACGUGGGAGUUUUGGGAUUAUCAAAAAAUUCGACAAAUGCUGAACGAUUGAUUCACUGGAAGAUGCCUGGUAGCAAUAAGAAUAGAACGGCGGGUGACUUCGCAUCAAUAGCAUUUGAAGUGAUUGCACCGCGAUCCACCGUUAUCGGACAUGGAAAGAUGUCAAUUGACGAUGUGAACAAUCAGCUGGACAUCCUGAAUGCUGCUACUGGCCAUCAAGAGUACAAAAAUGUUAUUCGUCAUUUCUUUGCCAAUUACACCGCCAUAGAGCAAAAAUGGAUCAUUCGAAUCAUCCUAAAAGCACUUAACGUUGGAUUAAGCGAGAAAUUGGUGUUUCAAAUGUUUCAUCCGGAUGCAUCGACGUUGUUCAACGUGUGCAGUGAUCUGAGAAAGGUGGCUCGCGAUUUGCAAGAACCUCACACGAGGUUAUCCUUAUCAGAAAUAACGGUUUUUCAUCCCUUUAAGCCCAUGCUUUCGAAACCAGUAGCCAUUCAGAACAUCAUAAAACAGAUGAAUGGAAGUUUUUGGAUAGAAGAAAAAUUAGAUGGUGAAAGAAUGCAACUGCAUAUGAAAGACGGAAGGUUCGAAUAUUAUUCAAGAAAAGCUACACAGUAUACGUACAUGUACGGACCAAAUAAAUAUGAGGGGUCGCUGACGCGAUAUAUUUACGAUUCGUUUAAUCCAAGGGUCACGGAAAUCAUCCUCGACGGAGAGAUGAUACCAUAUGAUUCAAAUUCGGACAUUUGUAUGCCCUUUGGUUUUUUGAAGCCAAUCGCCGCGGACCAAUCCGUCAGCGAGUAUAGAAGCACGUAUCCUUUAUUUGUUGUGUUCGAUGUCGUUCUUAUCAACGGAAAGAUGAUUAUCGAUCAACCUUUGGAAAGACGGCGCGAGUGGCUCAGAUCCUUAAUCACCGACAAACCAGGACAUCUCAAGGUGCUCGGACAUAAAGUGGGAAGGGAAAUGAAAGACUUGUCGGAGGCAUUAGAUGAAGCCAAUAUGAAAAGGCAAGAAGGGAUAAUUAUAAAAAAGCCCACAAGCAAUUAUGUUCUCAACGAACGAACCGACGAUUGUAUCAAAGUCAAAUUGGAUUAUUUGGAUACGCUCGGGGAUAGCUUUGAUUUAUUAUUGGUUGGUGCGAAUUACGGUCAUGGAAAACGAUCAAAUUUGUUUGGUAGUUUCAUGUGUGCUUUGAGAGAUAGUAACGCGCCUGACGAUGAACCAAGGUUCUUAACAUUCUGUCGAUUCGGCACUGGAUUUACAAUGAAAGAGGGUGAACAGUUGAAAAAUCUCGAUGGAUGGACGCGUUUUGAUCAAGAUAAUGUUCCAGAUUGGCUCAUGCUGGGUCGUGACAAGCCGCAGAUGAUAAUUCCACCAGAAAUGUCAAUUGUGGUUCAAGUGAAAGCGGCAGAAAUAAUACCCACAAAUAUGUUUGCGGCAGACUUUACACUUCGAUUUCCGAGAUUCGAAGUGGUCCGUGACGAUAAGGAUUGGAGGUCUGCCACCAGUUUCGAAGAAAUGACGAAUCUUAGGCUUCAGGCGGUAAGUCAUUCUCAAUCAAGGAAACUGACCGAGAGCGAUAUGACAAACUUAAGAUCUGCCAGGAGAAAGAUCCGGACGGUUCGAAGGAGAGUCGGUUUGUUGGAAACAUUUGUUUCUUUGGAUUCCACAGUGGAGAACAAAUCGGAUAUAUUUAAGGGCAUAGAUUUUCAUAUAGUUGUUAAAGAUUUUGACAAAUCUGAUUUGGAACGAAUGAUCAAAGAGCAUGGCGGAAGGUUUUUCCAACAUCCUGAUGCCUCAUCGGACCUACGUAUCAUUGCGGAUUUGCAGACCACUCGAGUGAAUAAUAUAAUCAAGUCAGGAAAGCAUGAUGUCGUGCAUCCGCAAUGGAUUUUGGAUUGUGUGGAUACGAUGAAAACCAUACCCUUGAGUCCAAAGUAUAUGUUGUAUACUUCCGAAUCUACGAAACGAGAGUUUAUCACGAGGAUGGAUAAAUUUGGUGACAAUUAUACAGAUCUUGUCGACAUCGAUUCUUUGAAAGAGAUUUUUGAGAUGAUUCCCACCGACGAAGGGACCCCCGAGACCGAUAAUGAAAGAGAAAGAAAGCGUCGUCGGUUGGGCGACGACAUUGAAAGACGAUACUUUAAGGACAAAGGAUUACCGAAUGGUCUGUUUAGACAUCAUGUGAUAUACAUUGACUAUCCACCCUUGAGAAAUGAGAAUGAUGCGAUCGACGGUUUGUGGGCUUUGCAAGAAGGGUGCCGUGACAGGUUGAAGCUCAUCGAAUCUAUCCUUCGAUAUCACGAUGCACAUAUUACAAGCAAUUUCCGCUCAAACAGGAUCACACAUGUGAUCUUUGAUGAGCAAGAUCUGAGUCGCGUUAGGGAACGAAAUGAUUAUUAUAUCAGUCGAGGUAGGAAUCCACUGCCACAAUUUGUACGAUCAUCGUGGGUAACAGAUAGCGAAAACAUUGGUGCACUAUUACGGGAAAAAGGAAUGUACCUUAAAAUCUUUUUACCAAAUGAAACGAUUCUCAUGUGUGUGAAGCAUCCAAUAAUGAUAAUUUUUCUUAACAGAUUACGACCCUUUGAGUUUGAUGGAAGUCGUUAUUGA